AUGUUUUUUGGUUGUCGUGGCUCAAGGAGCUUCGCCUCCCAGAUCUGGAGAUGGCCGGGACAGCUGCUGUUUCUCUUCUUUGUUACUAAGAUAGCUUUCGGACAGAUUCGUUAUUCCAUUCCCGAGGAAAUGUCGAAGGGCUCACUCGUGGGGAAUAUUGUGCAGGACGUAGGUCUGGAUGUUAAGAGGCUAAAAUCCGGCCGAGCUCGGAUAUUUACCGAGGACAGCAGUGAGUACAUCGGUCUGAAUACAGAGAAAGGGACGUUGGUGGUAAAAGAAAGGAUAGACAGAGAGGAGCUCUGCGGCCAAUCAUCUCCCUGUUCUCUGCAUUUCCAAAUCAUACUAGAAAACCCGAUGGAGUUACAUCGAAUUGACGUGGAAAUAUUGGAUAUUAAUGAUAACGCUCCUUUAUUUGCGAGGAAGGAAAUACAGUUUGAAAUCAGUGAAUCUGCAGCCCCCGGUGCUAGAUUCUCAUUAGACAGUGCUAAAGAUCCUGAUGUUGCGUUGAAUACACUCCAAACAUACACCCUGAAGCCGAGUGAUAAUUUUAACCCUCCUGUUAUGUUCGUUUGUCAGGAACUGCAAUGGUGUUCCCGGGUCAAUUUGACCCGGGGCAUGUUUAAAUCUCCAAAAGAUGUCCUAAACCAAAAAAAAUCCUAA